AUCUCGAAGCACUCGUUCUCUUCAUCUCAGCUUUCUUUAUCUCAAACAAACAUCCAAGUGGUGAUUCCUACUCAUCGUUGACCAUCUUUGGAAAUCUCCAGCCAUCGAUCUCACAGAUCAGCUCCACAUCUUGACCACCUCCAAACCCUUCGCUUCGCCUGCGGCUAAGGCUGCGGCUGUGGCCAGUUGCUUUUUAGUCCAAACACCGGACUCAAGUGCUUACGGGCCCCCAAGUUACGUCGAGUUUGGGAUCGAAAGAACAGUUACUUAUUCUUACGCCUCUUCGACCUUGUUCAGUCCCUCUACGAUACUUGCAUAUCACCUUAUUAUACUCUGCUGCUUCACACACCAUCUCGUGUGACAGCCUUCGACGUAUUCCUGUUCUUCCCCGCACGCAUCACUUUGAAACGCAUCAUCUGCUCCAAAUUCGUCUACACAAAAGGGAAACAGGCGCAGCUGAAUUGGCCUGAACUGCCUCUCUCGCCUGAACAGAAGGGCACCUCUUACACUCCAGACACAUCAUGGUCUCGGCGGGCCGUGUGUGCUGUAUCACAGCACCAUUUCUCCUUUCCAUCGCCGUACUAGUAUGCCUAGUACUAGUCUUCCUGGCGGGCACGUUUGACCGCAACAACACGGUGGACGAUCUAUAUUUUCUCAAGAUCGACUUGACAAACAUAACCCUGACCUCCUCCGCAAACCUCCUCGGUGAUGGUACAUCCAGCAACGAGACCGUCCUGGGCGGAGCUCUUCAAGCGGCCAAACAGUCAUUGGGAAUGAAAGAUUACUACACGGUCUACAUGCGCAGCUACUGCAGCUGGAACGGCGACGACACAUACGCCAACUGCACGGACCCGCAAGCCUACUUCUGGUUCAACCCGAUCAAGGUCUGGGGCCUGAACGACACCGGCGUCAAUAUCGACGACUACCUUCCCAAGUCCUUCCGCGAUGGCUUGGACGUGUACCACUCUGCCAGCAAAGCCAUCUUUUACUUGUACGUGGGAGCUCUCACCGCGGCCUGCGUGACGCUGCUGGUCGGCGUGUCCGCCGUCUUCAGCAGGUGGGGAUCGUUCUUCACGACGUUCUGCGCCGCGGCCAUGUGCUUGCUCGUUCUCGGCGCCAGCAUCACCGCGACGGCAGUGUACAUCGUGGUCAAGGGUGCGCUGAAUGAGACGCUCAAGAAGGACUACGGCAUCAAAAGUACCGUCGGCACAAGGGUGCUCAGUGUCACGUGGAUUGGCACGGCGUUCGCUGUGGGCGCCGGAUUCUUUUGGUUACUCAGCGUCUGCUGCUGCAGUGGUCGGAGCCCCUACAACCCGGGGAGUCGCGAGGCGCGAAAAACCAGGGCGGAAAAGACCCCGUACACGUACGAGCGUGUUGGGAGCCCGUAUCUGGGCCCGAGUGAUCAGCAGGGUGUGCCGCUGAAUACAUUCGGCCCACGGCCAGGUGGGUAUGCCGAUCAACGAGGCACGGCGUACGAGCCGUUCAGGCCGCAGCAUGUGUAAAGCCGUUUCGGCGAGUCUAGUCGGCGAGGGGUUUUGUGUGUUUUGGGAUGGAUUGUCUAUUCGGCGUUAAUAUGCAUCAAGCGAUUUGGAACGGGACACGUGCGUGGUGAACAGAAAAUACUGUCGAAUAUAUAAUUACCUGGCAGUUAUCAAACAUGCUCAAAUAAAGCCUUUUGGCAUUAAAACUCAAGAUACGAGCUUGAGCUUAAGCUUAAAAUUGAAG